AUGAACUUUGAAACGGCAGCUGAUGACCCCGCAAUUUUACUAGACACCCAACGUGCUAACGCGGCUCCUCGCCUCACCGAAGCAGAAAGAGUUCUUUUCAUCUGUGGCAACCUUCAAAAAAUGAACAUGACUCCAAAGCAGUUCCUCGUGUCAUUCCUCACUGACGAGGAUCCUGCGCUUGCUUUUCGCCGACGUUUUUGGGGCACCGCAACCGGUUGGGCUUCUACCCAGGAGAUGCUUAACGCAAUUAAGGAUGAAUGCACCCGGACUCAAUAUGGAGCAGCUCAAUGGAGGCAGUGGAUUCAACACGAACUCCGCUCAGCAUUCCACAGCUUAAAGACCGAAGGAGGCUAUAAGGUCAUUUACCAAUCGCACAAAAACCACAUCCAAGCAAGGUCGCUCGAAAUGUUCCUUCAGAUGGCGCGGAACUAUGAUAUUCUUGAUCAGUUCCCUGGCUCGACCGACUACACUAUUCCCGAUUGUGAAGAUACACUCGUUGUUGGAUUAAAUAAGCUCAAGUCUGAGAUUGCGGAGAAGGGUGAAUUGUCUCGCUUCAAACUACAUUUCAUGUGGGGCACUUUACCGGGUGAAAUUAACAACAGCUUAGUACAAGAACAUGCAACUACUCUCGAUGAUGAAUUACAAGAAGAAGAAGAUAACUCCUCCGAUACCCCCGGUUCACCAAUGGAAAUGUGA